AUAUACCUAGCACUAGAAUGCCUAGAUCUAGCUUUAGCAUCUUAUAGAACAAAUAAGACAGUACAAUCUUUUCGUUAUAUCUUGAGACUACAUGACGCAAAGUUUAUUAUUGGUUAAACAGGGACACGGAUCUGCAUUAGUUAAGUAAAGUCAGUAAAGAUGUCAUGUAUACAAGAUACAGAGUGUAGAGAGAAUGGGAACAAAGAAGAUUAUCUCUUCAGUCCUGAAGUCCUUACCAAUCUUGACAGUAGUGACUUUAGAGGCGAUUACAAAAAUGGUAUUUCACCCUUGAAGCCUGGACCAGACCUCUGUGCAAGACCUCUUAGUAGUGGGGAUUAUGAUAAAGGUUAUCUAGAUUUACUCACUGAAUUGACUAUUGUGGGUGAUAUUUCAAGAGAUACAUUUCUUAAUCAGUUUUAUAAAAUGAAGGCAUGUGGUGACAAUUACUACAUCAUAGUUAUAGAAGACCUGUCAAAAAAUAAAAUUAUUGGUACAGCCACUCUGGUGAUAGAAAAAAAGUUUAUUCAUCAUGUUUCGUCUAGAGCUCGUGUUGAAGAUGUUGUAGUCAGCAAUGAGUACAGAGGUCUACAGUUAGGAAAAGUUUUAUUGGAUAUACUUGUCUGCCUGAGCAAGAAAAUGGGCUCCUAUAAAGUAUCAUUGGAGUGCAAGGACCAUAACGUUAAGUUCUACGAGCAGUUUGGAUUUGAAAAAGCUCCAGAGCAGAACUUCAUGCACAUCCGCUACUUUGAUUGAUGACAGUCGGUUUAUUACAAAAAAUGUUAAACUAACUUAGGCUCUGUAUAGAUUUUGUUCCCAUUAUUUAUUUAUAAUCAGUAAUGAUAUUGUAGACGUGAUAUGAUUUGUAUAGACACUCUCCUUUGGUCUUGUUCUUGUAAUAUGCCAUGCAGAGUAAAUGUGUGGCUGGCUUGCAGAAAUAUGUUAGCCUUACAUCCUCUAUUUAUUGUAUCAAUAUCUUCAGAGCUACUAUGAUUUAUUCUGUUAUGAUGAAAAAUUAAACAUUUUUUUUUAUGAUAUUAUUUUUAACUGAAUAAUAAUGCUUUUGUAAAAUCUAAUCCUUUAAAGAAACUUACAUUUAUUUUGUUUCAAUCAUUUCUGCUUACAUUUUUUAUAUGAAAGUGUUUUUUUAAUCUUGCAUAUUUUUUUAAAGUUAAUCUUUUUUUUCUCUCUGUAAUGUAAUUGUUCUUGCUUGCAGUGAUAUAUGAGGUUGUGUUUAGAACUCAUUAUGUUUCAUGAAUCUCAUGGCUUCUCAUAAUUCUUGCUUAUAAUAAUAAUCAUAACAAAUCCUGAAUUCUGAUUGAACAAUAACCCGCAUUUUUCUUUUAAAUCUCUUGUCCUAAUAAAAAAUUUAUGGCAGUAAUUUUAAUUGCAAAUGAACAACUCAGUUCUUUUUGGUAUUCCUAUUAGCAAACACACAUAAGAAUCUCAUUGUAAUGAAUUUUAGGUAUCCCAUGCUAAAGCUCUAGUAGUUGAUCUGUUUCAUGGUAACUCUUGUCAAGAUUUGUUUUGUUUGUAUCCAAUGAAACUUUACAAUUUUUAGAUGUAUUUUUAUUUGUAUUUAUUGUAGCAUUUAUGGCAUUAUAAUUGUAUUUAAGAACAACUUACUGAAACUGAGAUCUUUAUGUAACAUGUGUCAAGAGAUGCCAGUCACUUAUGAGAGCAUUGAUUGUAGUAUUAUAUUUGUAGUACACUAUUAUUGGUUUCCUAAUGUCUCCUUGAUAAAUUUAACAAGGCCGUAAACAUUUAGAAUUUUUAUCUGAAAGAUAAGUGAAAUGUUUUCAUAUGUCAUUAUGUCGAGUUUAUAGUGUUCUUGUGUGUUGAGAUACACUUGUUAUUGAUGUAUACAUUUAUGUAUUUGCACUGUGCCUUAACACUUGGACCAUGUUUUGUAGUGUAUUAAUAAUACUUAUGUUUACUGACUAACAUAUCAAAUAUUAUGAUUUGUGUCCUUAAAAUGAAGUGUUUUCUUGUAUGCUAUACAAGAUAAAAAAUUAUACAUGAUCAAUUCAUUUUAGAAUAGAAAGAAAGUUGUGCUCUUAAAACAGAAGAGUUACUUGGCCAUGACAUUGCUUAAGAAUUCCAAGGUGCCAUUGACUAGGGCAUAAACAAAAUAAGGAAAGUUUGUUUAAGUUGCAUUGUAUUUUAUAGAAGUUGCAUGCCAUAAUAUUUCCAGAUAUUUCAACCUAAUGUACAGGUCUUUUUCAUUUUUUUCUUGCGUAGGAAGCUGUAUCUCUUCUUCGUCUUUGCUCUAAUUUUGUAGGUGUACGAGGGACACUGAUUUUGACUGGUUCACACCUUUAUGCUAUUAUUCUUAGUCCUAUGCAAUUCAUAUCAAGUUUACAAAGAAUACUCCUUGAUUGGUCAUUCAAAAACAUUUGUUUUGUUCUGUGUAGGAAGACAAUGUAGCUGAAAAAAACUUGACAUUCCAUGAUUUGCCAACUUUCAUUAACAAAAAAUUUUAGAUAUUAUACAAGUAAGGAAAUGUGAGGAAAUAUUGCUCAGGUAUUUUUUUUUUAUUCUUUAUUUUUUGUAAAUGGUUGGUGACCCAUUUUAAAACAAACUUUUUUUUAUGCACUAACAGUUUUUGUUUUUUUUUUAAUUAGGUAUACAGUAACAUACAGUAUUGUAACACUAUAUUACCAAGUUUCUAUUGUUUUAUUAGAUAACAUUGCAUGCACCAUGUUUGAUAAAGUCUGGCACAUAUUGAAAUAUGAAUGGUUAUCACAUAAUUAAAUAUACUGCACCUGAAAAUGAACUCAGUAAAUUAGUAAUUAAAUCUAACUAAUUUAGCCAAGUGGUAAGCUAGAUAACUAUUGAUUAAUAUUGAAAACAGUGUAACAUAUCACUGUAGAACAAAUUAAAUUAAUCUGAGUUUACCUCAUCUAUGCUGUUUCCUUUCAAUCUAAAAGUAGAUUGUUAUCAAUUUUUUUUUUUUCAUUUUCAAUUCUGACAUGCGAUGUCAUAAAAUCAACCUGUGAUGACUGUGUGUAUAAGAAUCUAAAAUAUUUUGUUCUCCAUUGUGCUGUCCAGUUCACAUUAACAUAAAUACUGAUAGUCUCUCAUUCUGAAGCUUGUCAGUAGCUCAUGUAACUAAUGUUUGUACACCAGAGUGUCAGCUUUAUGUACUUUGAAGGAAGACAGUGUUGAUUGAAUCAGGUUAGACUUGUCAGUUCUCACUUUACUUUGAUUUUAUGUUGUUGUUUUUUCUCUUCUUAAACAUGAAUAUAAAAUGUGUACAAUUGUAAACACUUGACUAGUUACCAACUCUGCAUAUCUUGAUCAUUGGAAUAAUGGAAGUCUGCCAUUACUUUAGCAGAAAGCUUAUAUGGGUUUAAUGUUUUUAGUCAAUGAUAAUGAAAAAUGAUAAGCAAUCCACAUUGAUAGAUAUUCUUAUACUGCAUUGUACAUUCAGUUUCCCAGUUUUCUCUAUUUGUAAACGUUCUAUCUCUUUCAAACUUUCUUAUAGCACCAAGAGUUACAUCCUUCUAUUCAAUCUAUUGACAUUAAGGGUGACAAGUGCCUUGUAAUUGUCACAGGUAAUGCACUCAAAUCUUGGAAAUACAUUCCUUACCUGUAGAUUGGUAACUUAGCUUUUAUCAUAACCUAAAAUUCCCUUUCUUAUUUAAAUUGGAUUGUUUUUAUGUAGAGAAAAGAAUAAUAUGCUCUCUGAGACUGUUCAGGGUUUGUAAGGUUACAUGCCUUUAAUAAAUGUCAUUAUCUGUCUAAAUCAAGGUUUAUUAUUUAAAACAGAAACCGACGAUCUUGGCACUAUGUGAUGUUUAAAGAAAAGUCCGGUGAUCAGGCUUAAUUUCAUUACAAGCCAAAAUGAUAACAAGUUGCCACAUAGGACUUUUAAAAAUAUAUUUUAUGUAUAUGUUUCAGUGGACUGCGUUGACAUGUUGAUGGUAGGCUACUUAGACUCUAGUUGCAAUUUAAAAUUGAUCUACUUUUAGACCUAUUAAAAAAUCUACUUUAUUUACAAGAUAAGGGUAAGUGUGAUGUUUGUAUGUCAUGGUAAUGCUACUGACAUCAUUUUGUUUCUGUUGCUAAUCCAAAUGUCCAGUUGAAACUGUUCAUGUUUCUGUGGCACUGUGUCUCUGUCUGUAAUUUAAGCACUUUUUGUGUUAACGAUGUCUUAUGUCGUGUCAGUGACGUCUAGAUCUCUUUCUAGAAGUGACAUGAAGAGAGUAACCAUACCAUGAUAUGCUUUCUUUCUUUUUUUCAAACUUUGAGUUGGCAGCUGCUUUAAACAGUAUUUUAGUUAGUUUGUUAUGUGUUCAAUGCAUUGUAUGAGUUAGACCUUUGUAUUGUUUGUUACUAUACAUCAUUUAGAUCUAUAUUCAACAACGAUCUCUUCACCUUUUUUUCUCUCUCUCUUUGUUGAUUGCAUUCCUCUACACUGUAUCCUCUCUGUGUUGGCAAUUGUAGUGUUUUAGUGGGAGAUGAACUGAAGACAUUCUGGGUAUAAACUGUGACGGUGAAUUAAACGAAAUGAUUAACUCA